GACACUUUACUCCAGAAAAGGAUGUGUGGACUCCACACCCGCUGGGGAGGGUCGCGCGUCUUUGGCUGUGUUGAGCGCGCGACGGCUGCGUUGACGCCCUCGUGUCAACUCUGACGGCCGAGAGAAAAAGUCCAGCUUUCCCUCAGUUAGGAACGUCUCAUUUUCUCGAGUCUUAUGUCAUGGAUAUGAACUCCCUUCCUCGCGGUGGCAUCCAGAGAUCCACCACGGGUUAUGUGCGUGGAAUUCUCGGGCAGCCUCAGAGACAACGCGCGGCGCGUGCAGCGAGAUUGGCUUGAGCGGCCUCGCUGUGUCGAUCGUGCCUCUCUCUGUUCGGAAAUUCCUUCUUCCACGCUCGUUUGCUGAGAUUUCUGACCGCUCGCCGCUGUGUUCGAGAGAGCGUCUGACGCUCGAAACACCAGCGACCACGCGGAGUGCAGGGAUCUGCGCCAGUGUUUUCUGGAUUUUUCGCAUUCGUGUCGAUUUCUCCUUCGCUGUGCUGUCUCUUCUGUUCAGUCGCGGAGGACGGGGACUUCUUUGGGAAGAAAGGGUCCUCCGCGUCGACCUGUGCAUGUGCGGCAGACCACCUGGAAGGCAGAAAGAUCCCCGUUUCGCGGCGACCUGGAAACUAGCGAGUGCUGCGGCGGUUGAAACGCGGAACGCCAGUCUCUCUGUGUGCUGUGCUCUCUCUCAGAAGUUCCCAAACACAGGCAACCUGAAGCUCCGGCUGUCACCGAGCGCCUCUCAGUCCUGGCCAGUCAGGUGUAUGUACACCGCGGGAGUUGGCUGUUCAAACGCAGCGAAACGCGGACCGAGCACCAUGGCGGUUUUCCACAGGAAGCAGGGGACGACUGAAGUUCGUUUUUCGCCGGUUCUCCAGCUCGACUGAGUUGAAGGCUUCUUUCUGCUCGCCGCGCGGCAUUCUCUGUACAUUUUUCCGUUUCGUUUCUCGUCUUUCGUCCCUGCGGCGGCACACGAUGGGGAAACCCGUGCAUCUGCGCCCACUCGCCCCAGCGGUUCUCUCGCGCCGUCCUCCCGCCGCAGACCCUCACGAGGGCGGCUGCGCAUUUCAGGCUUUCCUGUCUUGCGCGAGAAGGUUCCACAGAGAUGCUCGAUCCAGAAGUUCCGACGCUCCACUGAGUUUCGCACCGCGACCAAUUGACCGCGUUCUCGAGUCUCGGCCGUCCUUCGCGUCGACUCAGACGUGCGUCGUCUCCCGCUGCAGAGAUGGUAGUCUGCUCUGCGGCCGAGGAGAGGCAGGCGGGGAACGCAAGCAAGGUGGGACUGUCCAGCGCGGAAGACCCAAUGCAGAUGGCGGUGGACCGAGCUCGGGAGAGAGGCUGCCGACAGAGGAAAAGGGGGGGGGAGAGACCGAGGCGGCGACGGCUCGUGACAAGAAGGCGAGGGUUUCAGGGAGGCCUCUCGUUGGUCUUCGAGAAAAAUCUGACACGAGCGCUCGGCAGAAGCACACCGUCUGCGACCGAGAGACGCUUCUGCGGGAAAUGGACACACAUGCAGGCGACCACAAACCGCUGUCUUUUGAUCUGCCCAAAGACGCCUUCCCCUCCCAAGGUGAUCUGCUCGUUUCUGGAACGGAUCCGUGGCGCGCCCUGGAGGAUGACGCCGCCAUUCUUCACGCGUUCUUCCCCUCUGCAAGGCGAUCCGCCAUUGCUCGGAGACAGCGUGAGUGGCGAUCACAGGAGACAAACGAAGAAAGAACACUGGAGAACGGAGACCUCGACUUCCCGAGCAAGUCCGCUGUCUUCGUCUCAGAGCGUGGAUGCGACUUCUCCCCAGUCUGCUCCUUGGAGAAGAAGACGAGAAGACCCCCGAGAGAGAGAGAGCGAGGGAGAGACGUCGAGAGGCUCUACCACAGUCAAGACCUCUUGACUCCUCCUCUUCGACGGUACCUCACCUUCGCAAACAAGGAAUGCAUUUCCGCCAUAGAUUUUGCUGAGGAGGCCCUGAACUCCCUCGUCGUCGCUUCUCCACGCAACGAAAACCUGGACCGCACGCCGAGCUCAUCUAAGUCCUCUUCUUCCUGUGUCUCUUCUUCUGUCGACUCGUCGUCUAUCUCCUCAACCUGUGUCUCCUCUUUACCUUCUGAUGCGCGGAGAACAGACUGCGGCGGGGCUUCCACUGACUCUCCUUCGCAUCUGUUUCCGGCGGAGGAGGAACUCUUUUACACGAGCAGAUUUCUGGAAGGGUUUUGCGGGAAGGCUGUGGCGGAGACGGCGAAGGAGCAGGCGGUCGCGGAGCUUCUCAGCUGGAUGUAUCGACAGAAAGUCUGUCGUUCUUCUGCGGUCGCUGCCUCAGAGCCAACCAGCCGCGGUCGCCACUCCUCAGACGCUCUCCAGGCGAGUCGCGGAACGGGGAACGAACAGAGCAAACAAGUCGAGGGAGAGAGGAGGCGAGGAGAGAGAGAGGACGAGGAGAUCUCCGUGUGCAAGGAGGCGGUGUGGCGACAAGUAGAGGCAGCUGCGCAAGCGGCAGAAGUCGCAGACAGUCUGAGCGUGGAAGUUCUGGACGGCCGAUGGGUUUACUAUGAGCGCCCUUCACCUUUCGAUCCAGGCUACCCCGUCAUCUGUCGAAGGCGCUUGCCCGGGAAAAGGGAGACAGAGACUCAUCGCGAGAGGGUGCUUCCAUCCGACAGAGGCUCUGGGGAGAACGCAAGGAGUCCAAGCGAGGAAACGCGGUUCCAGGAGCGCGCGAAAAGAAGGAAGGUUUCCAGUGAUGCAUGUCCCGACAACACUGCAGUCAAAAAGGAGCGGAUAUCUUCGACGCCGCUGAACCGCAGGGAAGCUUCUUCGCCUCCUUUUUCUUUUCCUUCGUCGCCUUCUUCUUUUCCCUCGUCUGCCUCUCCCUUUUCUUUGGAUUCUCCUUUUCUGCAGCAUUCGUUCUCUGCGAGUUCUGGGAGGGAAGAAGACGGUCGAGGAGACAUCGACGCCAGAGCGAGGAAGCAGAGAGAAGCUGCGGAGGAACGCAGCAGUGAGGAGGCGCCACCGCUGCUCACGCUGGCGGAUGUGAUUCAGCGGGAGAGGGAUGAGAGAAGGCGACAGCGAGAAACUCGAGAGGAACGAGAUCCGAAGCUGGAAAACCUCUUUUUGUCUCGUGUCCUCGAGCCUCCUGGUCUUUGGACAGCUCUGGAUCUCCUGCGUGGCGAAGAGCAGCUUCUAGACGUCGGCAGGCUAACAACUGGUGACGCGGGAGAGGAAAGACAAGAUUCAUGUUCUGAUCGUUCAUCUCGAGUCUCGCGAGUCUCAGACGCAGAGAAAGCGCCAGAGGAGAGACAGGAGGCCGCGCGCGUUAGCGAUUGCCGAGUCGGCGCGUUGAAGGCGUUCGACGAGGCUGCGAUACUCGGUUACACGCGGUGUCUCGACAGCUCAGAACGGUACACACUCCACUUCAAGGAUCUCCUCAGCGGGUCUCGCUUCCCCGCGUCGUUCUGUGGAUCGUCCACGCGUCCCUGUGUCUCCUCUCGCGUCACCGCUCAGGCGUCUGCUCUCAACGGGCAGACAGAGAACGAAAGGUCUCCAUGUGUACGGAGAAAUCGGCCCUCUGCAUGUUCUUGGGAUUGCCAAGAGUUGCCUGGCGUCUCUCUAGGCUUCGUCAAAGACUUCGAAUUUUUCGCCGUCGGCGAGCCAUCACCAGGUUCUGAACGUUGGCACAACUGCACGCGAGAAGUGACGGAGUUAGCAACUGAGAGAGACCAACAGGGAAACGGGGUACUCGGCGCUGCGAAGCACCCAAGAGUGCUCGGGUGUAUGUACACCUCAGUCGACCCUUGGACAGGUCGACCGCACAUGCUGCGUCGGUGUCUGCUCGCCCUGCAUCGGCCAAGCGACUCUGUUUUCCCGUCUUUCUUUUCUCCUCUGUCUCUCGCGUCUCUUCGAUCUUCUGGGAUCGCGAGAAAACAUGCGCGCAACGCAGAGGCGAGAAACUCCACUCCGCACUUGGAGGUGCUUCGCGACGAGAUCGUCCUUGAUUUGAGCGACGAGACGCUCUGGGGUGCGAUGCAUGUCGCUCUCGGCAAGACACCUGACGGCCGCUUUUUCACCAUCACGGCGACAUCUCGCUGUCGAACAGCCUCGUGGAUUCUAAGCGCGACAAAAGCUCUGGACACCCCGCUUCCAGUGAUGGACGGCCCGACGCACUUCUUCACGACGAGGGGCAAGCAUCUGCUUCUUUUCGACGUUUCGCAACACAACGCCUUCUCAGCUUUUGCGUUGUCUCUCGAGGCCGUUCUGGAAAGGCAGGGUGUGCAGAAAGUCGGGGAAAACUCUUUCCGGUUUCCCCUGUCUUCUUUCGACUCGUCUGCUCCUGUCUCUCCUGGGGACGCGUCAAGAAGAGCCAUCUCGCCGGGCAUGCGUUAUCCUUCCUCAGAACCAAUGACAAACAAUCUGAACGCUGAGACCUCGUUCGCGCCUUCUCUCUCUGAGUCAUCCUCAGCACCUCCCGACUCCUCUUCCCUUUCGUCUUCCCUUUCGUCUUCUUCUCUUCCACCUUUUCGGUCUUCUUCUCUUUCUUCUUCUCCUUCGCCGUCUGCUCUCUCCCCCUUGGACAGCGUGGAGGCAGGAGCUGUAGGUACACUCCGGUUGAUUCGUCUCUUUCAUUUGUCGUCCUUUCUCUUCUCCGAUUUGGACUUGACACCACGUCACAUUGCAGUGUACGGGCUGCGAUCCCCUAGCUGUCCUGUCGUCGUUGUCGUCGAACUCGCCGACUCGGAGACCGACCAACAUUCUCUAUCCUCGUCUCUCUCUGAUUUGCCGAAUUCGUCUUCCUCCUCUGACGCCUCUGCUUCGCCACCAUCUCCCCCUUUCCUCUUCUUGUCUUCUUCAUCCUCUUCACUGUCUUCCUCUUCGCUGCCUUCGUCGUCUCUGUCGCCUUCUCCUGACUCUUCUCUGUCUUCUCUUUCCACUUCCCCCGCUCUGCUUUCUUGCUCAUCUGUGUCUCCUGUUUCCUCUCGCGAGAGCUCAGCCGCUCAAGCGUCUCCAUCCUGGAAGUCGCAAGCCACAGAAGUACGCCUGUCUGCGUUGAGCAACAGUUCGGGUGUCGGCGUCUUGCAGCCUGGUGUGAAUCACCAUACUUCGUUUCUUCGUUUUCUGCUCCAGUCUCCGUUUGAUCCUUCCCUUCAGUGCUCGCUUGAUCUGAGGACAAUGUCCGUUCGAACUCAGCGACUGCACACCGUCGACCUGGAAAUCUUGAAAACGGCUGCGAAAGUCUUUCUUCUCCGCUUUUUCCCGAGCUUGUCUUUCACCCCCUUCCUUCUCCGAGACACCGAAAACACCGUUCUUUCCUCUCGCUCCAGUUUUUCUUCUUCUCUCUGCCACUCCAACUCUUCUUCGACUUCGAGUUCCUGCUCCCCUCUAUCUCCCGUUCCCGCUUCACCCUUCGCUUCUUCCUCUUCGUCUUCUUCCUCUUCGUCUUCUUCCUCUCUCUCUUCUUCCUCUUGUUGUACGGCUCCGCAUUUGUCGUCAGCGGCUUCCGACUUCUUUGCUGCCGGUCGUCCUCGUCCUCUCUCUCUUGGAGAGAGGCGGUCGGAGCCUGAAGAAGCACCUGGCUCCGAAGUCACCUCGAGCGAGAGAGCGGAGUCUCGGAAAGAGAGGGAGGAUGCCGAGAAGCCGCGAAGAGUGGAGGAGCUGGGCACCGUUUCGCUCGCAAACUUCGAGGGCGCAGAGCCUCCGUGUGGAGACAGAGAAGACGACGGGGAACACGGUUCUUUCGAGGGCAAUCCACUCGGCAAAGUCGAAGUCAUUUCCCUUCCCUCGCGAGAUGGAAAAAGUCUGAUUCCGGUGACCCUGUUGCUCCCUGCCAAUUUCGAAGCUGAAGCUCGUGGCGCAACGCUGGCUUCCCAAGACAAAAGGGAGAGAAACGAAUGCGAAGGAACAGCCCAAGAGAAGCUCCAAGAACCCACAGAGAAGGAAUGCGCAAAUCCCGAGAAUCUCGCUCUGACGAAGAAGACGACCGAAGAUCAAGAUCGACCCGUUUUCACGUUCACGAUUUCAGUCCAUCCCUUCUCGUCGCGAUUCUCUCACCUCUGCUCUUCUUCCACUACCUCUUCUACCUCUUCUACCUCUUCGUCUUCUUCGUUGUCUUCUCCGGUUUCUUCUCUGUCUUCCUGCAGUGCUUCCUGCAUGUCUGACUUUCGUUCACAUACCGACAAGACGUUCCGGAGUUGCUCACAGCGAUCACACGGGACGGAUGAAGCCUUUUCGUUUCGUUGUUGGGGUGCCUCGCCGCUGUUGCUGCUGGCCUACGGGGCGUACAAACGUCCUCUUGCUGUCGCCUUUUCACCGCUGCAUUUGUUGCUUCUCUCCCUAGGGUGGCGUGUGGCGUUCGUACACUGUCGAGGCGAAGGCGCAGGAGAAUGCGAAGGCGGCGAGAGCGGCCGGGGGCUGCAAAAACAUGAAUCGCUUGACGAUUUGGAAGACGCCGUCGACGCAUUUGUGGCGAUGAACCUCGCGGAGAGAAACUCCAUUUUCCUGAAGACGUCGUCGGCAGGAGGCGUCCUUGCAGGCGCCUUUCUCGCCUUCCAAAAACUGCGGACUCGGAUCCGCGGCGUCGUCAUUCGCCAUGGAUUCUUCGACGUCUACACGGCCAUGAGAAAGGGGAGUGGAGAGGCGAGGGAAGGGGGAGGAGAGGAACUCAGGGGAGAGGACCAAGAGAACUCGAGGAAAGGACGAGAAGCGAGAAUGGGGAAAGGGAAGGAGGAGGCUUUAAGAGAAGAGAAAGGAGAGAGCUCACGCGGCGAGGAAGAUCCACUUCGUCGACUGGAGGAAGCAGAAUGGGGGAAUCCGAACUGCAGGGGAGAAGAUGAGACAGAUGUGGAGAGAGAGGAGAGAAAUGCACAUCUUGGAAAUAUUCUGUCCUACAGCCCCUACACGAAUUUUCAUCCUCCCCGAGGGUAUCUCCUCAGACUCGCGAAAGCGAAGCCUGUGUUUCCGCGAGGCCGUAGUCGAGACUGCGUCGCCUUGUCGUCGAAACCUGCUGCUCGCUCGGCGAAAGGGGGGGACCUGGUGGAGGCCCAGGGAGGCUUUCACUCGGAGAAUUCAACAGAGAGAAGAACUGGGCGCUGGUCAGGAAGCAACAACGGAGUCGACAGCGUCGGACAGCAACGCGGAAAGCGGCUGGGCAACGGCCAGGAAGAACGUCCAAAAGAGGUGAGAAGCUCGCGGGAAGACGCGCUAGAGCCAUCUUUCCAGGAACGAGAGGAGGAGAUGGGGGUCGAGUUCUUCGGUCGAGACUCCACAGGGGAAAGGCGAAAGGACCUUUGUUUUCCUCCGAGAGGGAAGGCGUGUGGAGAACAUGCGACCCGAGUCCGAGACUCCGACUGGGAGUUUCCCUCUCUCUUUCUCUCGACCUCUCUCGGUGACGGCAUCGUGAAGCCUUGGCACUGUGCAAAGUUCUUAGGGAAACUCGAGACGAUGAGAAGCCUCGGAGAGAAGGGCGUCUUCUCCGUUCCAAGAAACGCCACAGAAAGCGACAGACACAAAGAGCUUCUCGGAGAAGCGAACGAAUCGAGGCACGCGGAGAGACAACUCUCGUCAUCGAGGAAACGCCAAGACGAAGGAGAGGCCAGAGGCCAGCAGGCUGCGAGCGCAGCUGCGGGAGCACAUGCAACGAGCAUCUGGAGAGCACAGGAAACGCAUAGACUGGAAAGGAAAUCGCAUGCAGUUCGACACACACACAUGCCUGUUGGUGACGGAAACUCGAGGCCCGGAAAGCAGUCUCUCUCAGAACAUCACGCAAGCGGGAGAAUUCUCGAGCGAAAUCCGUUUCGCGAAAGCCACACUGCAGACGAGGUAGACGCGUGCGUUAGUGAGAGAGACCCCGGGGAACAUUUAAUUUUUUUCAAGCUAAAAGGCGACGCCGAAGGGCACUGCGGGAGUGAAAAUCGUAUGGCACAGUAUCGGGACGAGGCAGAGGAACUCUGCUUUUUCUACAGAGUUCUUCAAAACGGUGAAGACAAAGAGAGCCGUGAAUAAACGUCGAAGCCGCGUACACAUGUGUCUUUCUGACCUCCCGGCAAAGAAGCCAAUGUCCACCUAAUCGUCCCGUUCUUUUUUCAAAAAGAGUGACGCUCUAUCGUGCAAACGAUUGAAACCAAUGCACGCCACAACCCCAUCGACGCCGACGCGGAGUCUUGGCGACUCCCUGAAACCCUCUCUCGGCCGCGGUGUCUCUUUCCUUUCUCCUUCAUUUUCUCGUUCUGGACUUACCAAUUUUCGCGCUGCGUUCUCUGCAAAAUUCCUUCUCACGCGCCGGACUCGCGCGAGCGCCACCUGCAGCCUGUUUGCGUUCGUCUGUGACGGUGUCGGCGCGUCCAACGAAAAAUGCACUUUGUCCGACACCCGAGACGCGCCUGAAAAACACUGAAACGGACUCCAGUUACGACGCGGUACAGACCAAGUGCUGUAGAAUUCGACCGCACACACCACCACCCGACAGGACUGCUGAAGACAGCGAACGCUGGAUUUCAGUACCCUCCGACAAAUAGGGUGUUUCCCGCCGGUUCGGUGCUCGGCGCAGUGUGGAGACGCCUGACGUCUCUCGUUAUUACGGGAGACAGUCUCUUGCUCAGAUGCUCGUGUGAUCAGGAUCCUCGUGGUCCGACGGGGGCAACGACUCACAAGCAACUGCGCCUGUGUCUACGAACGACGGGGUCCACGGACAGGCUAGUGUGGCAGAAG